AUGGGUUAUAAACAAUUAUUUAAUCCAAUUAUAUUUAAUAUGAAAUUUAGUUCAUUAUUAUUGACUUUGUUGGUCUUCUUAAGUUGUUUUGCUAUAUUAAUCCAUGCAGAACAAGAUAAUAACGUUCCAAGAGGAGUGGCAAAGUCAGAAGCACUUCUUUAUGAAAAGAAAGGAUCGGAAUGGACGUGUUUAGACGGCUCAGCAACAAUACCGUACGAAUCAAUUAAUGAUGAUUACUGCGAUUGCACAUCUGCAUGUCCUAAUGGCAGGUUCUAUUGUACAAAUGUAGGGUAUAUUCCGGCUUAUGUAUCAUCCAAACGCGUAAAUGAUGGUGUUUGCGAACCUGAAUGUUGUGACGGAUCAGAUGAAUAUGAUGGAAAGAUUAUAUGUCUAAAUACUUGCAAGGAAUUGGCCAAUAUUCGAGUCGAGGGAGCACGGAUAAGACAAGAAUAUAUUCAAUAUGGUAUAACAACGAGACAGGAACAAGAAGCUUCUUUGGGAAGAUUAAAAAUAUUACUUGAUGCCGCAAAGAUUAAAGUUUCAGAACGUGAAGCUGUAUUGAAAAGAGCUCAAGAGAUGGAAAAAAUCGAGUCUAAGGCAACAGUUAAUGGCCGAUUAAAGGAAUGUCGAGAGAAUAUUAGAAAAUUGCAGGAACGGAAUGAAGUACUUCAUGAACGAAUUGACACGUUACUUAGCAUCCUGGAAGAAAUGAAAAAUGAUCAUAACCAAAACUACAAUGAUGUUGCUGUUGAAACUGCGAUUAUAAAAUAUAACGAAUUUGUAGAAUUGUAUGGAAUAGAAACUGAUCAAGAGGUGGAAAUUUAUGAAGACGAAAUAGAGGAAGAAAAUAAAGUUCCUGAAAUUCAGACCAAACUUUCGUUAAGCGAACGAGUUACCGAAGCUUUCGUAGACCUUUAUGAUGACGUGUUGGAAGCAUUUGGAUUAUCAGAAUAUACCAUUGGUAAAUCUGAACGACAAUUUUCUAGGCCUUCAGGUGAUGGUAAAUCCAAAGAAGUAACUGUGGCAUAUGAUGCGUUAAACGAAGCAAAAGAAGAGAUUAUUAAUAUUGAAAAUGAAACUAAAGGUGUUAACGAAAAACUUGCAAGGGAUUAUGGACCUCAACAAGAAUUUGCAAAAUUAGAUGAAACAUGCAUUAAUCACGUUGAUGGACAGUAUACUUACACGGUGUGUUUAUAUGGAAAGAUUACUCAAAAAAGUUCUCAAGAUUAUAGAUCAACACAUUUGGGUAACUUUGAAAAAUGGAUUGGGUCUGAAUCAAAGGAUGAUCCAAAAUAUUAUACAGCACAAUUAUAUGAUCAUGGAGCAAGGUGUUGGAAUGGACCGGACAGAUCAAUUAAAAUAUAUUUCGAAUGUGGCAUAGAAAACAAAAUUCUUGCUGUUUCUGAACCUGAAAAUUGUGAAUAUGUAAUGAACAUGACAACGCCAAGUGUUUGUUCUGAGAAAUUCGAGAAAAACAAAAACGAUGAAUCAAUUCAUGAUGAAUUGUGA